AGGGUGAUGUAGAGAGAUUAUCAAAACUAAAAAUAAGAAUUGAAGACCCUCCACGACGGAAGGACAUGGUGUUUAUUGGUGGAGCUGUGUUGGCCGAUGUCAUGAAAGACAGAGACAACUUUUGGAUCUCGAGAGAAGAAUACCAAGAGAAGGGUGUUCAAGCAGCAUUAGAAAAGCUCAUGCCAGGUGGUACCUCAUAAGGAAAAGCUAAAUAGGGAGUAGUUUGAUGUGCUACUCAGAAUUUUGCUUCUGCCUGGAUUGUGCUCUCUGCCCAAUCAGUGAUCAGUGCAAGUUUCAUUGAGAUUAAUGUAUACUUGCUAUUUCAAAUACAUGACUGAUGCAAAUGAUAGAAUGUUCUAAGUUCUCCUCAGUUUGCCAGCUGUCUUUCCUAGUCUUUGUAAAUGUGUAUUGUUAUUAUCUUAAAGAUACCUUUUUGAAGGUCUUUAGUCAGUGAGUCCUUAUUUGAAAUUAGUUAAAAAAAAUCACCUGUCACUAUAAUUGUUUUUUAUUUUAGGAUGUUCAAUUAUAUAAUGAUUAAGAUUUUGAUUGGUAAACAUACAAAAUUUAACAACCAAAAGUCUUGGACCCACUUAUUUUGUAUUUUACAAAGGAGAUUUUCUAAUUUAUGAUAUAUUCUAAUAAUUUAGUAUGGGCUUUUAUAUUGUAUUUAAGAUCACAAUGAUGCAUAUUUUACUAAAUAUAAAAACUAAUGUGUGACAGUUUUGUAUGAGGCUGAUGACUGAAUGUUCAUUUACAUUUGCUAAUUUUAUUAACUUUUAAAGUUCUAUAUUACCUGCAUUAUUUAGACUUUUUGUAAAUUGCCUUUAAGUUUUUUACUUGUACUUUAUUGCUAUGAGAUUGUUAUUGUACUUUAUACCUUAUGUGCCAAAGAGAUGAUGUAACAACGUUUCAGUGCAUGUACAGUAGACCAUCAGUUAAUGUGUAAUCUGUUAAUGCUUUCACAUUAACACAGUUUGUGGCAUAUUUUUGACACUGUAUUAAUCAUUUUAUACAGUGGAGUACAUGUAGGGAAAAAUGUGGUAUGUGCCAGAUUUUUCCCACUCCAGUUCAUUGAGCCUAUGGAGAGGCCUAUAUAAUGUACACAACGCCUCAGUGCUCCAUUUAUACUCGGUCAAUGUUAAUGAAUCAGUCAUUUAUCUUUUCAUCAUUCUUACUCAUCUCUAGAUGGUAACUAUGGCACCCAAGAGAAGUAAGAGUAAUUCUAGAAGUGCAAAGAAGAAGCAUAAGCAUGAAAGUCUUGGUGGUGUGAAGAAAAUUGAGAUUUUCUCUGCUUGGUAGCAGUAAUGUGGAUAUGGUAUCUGUGACUGACAAGCCAUGUGCCCUUACACCCAUACCUUUAUGAUGUCCUCACACACCAUUUUUCUCCCACAGCAUGUCCACACCUCCCCCUCACUGAAACUAACCCUCAUCCACCACCUACCUGUUCUCAACCACACUAAUCUCCCACACUUCUUCCCAUUUAUUGCAUUCACACCCUUCACCCACAGUGACAUUCACCCACACCUUUCAACCAACACCAGCCUCCACCUACCUCCACUCACACCCUUGACAUGCACCCACAACCACCUUCAUCUGCUUCAAACCUGCUCUUACAUUCACUGCCACCCACAUCAAUGCCACACACCUACCCCCAAACAUCCAGCAACCUCUACAUGUGCUACCUGACUACACAGCUCCACUGCCUUCACCCAUACUACUAACGCUUACCUACCCAUGCCUCACUCGAUGCCUCCCACAUCUACCUCGCCCCAUUUUCUGUUCCCACUCGCCUCCAUCCCCUUCCCACACACAGCAGCCUUCACCCAUACACUUCCCCAUGACUACACGCCUUUACCCACACCAUCCUUCCACUUCACGCCACACAGCUGAUGAUGCCUUACCAUCAGCUGCAUAAACUACUGCAGUUUAAAAGAGACCAGAGACGCAUUACAGAAUUCCUCGGUACUAAAGUACAAUCAUCGAUAUCAGUGCAAAACCUUGGUCAACGAUUUAUAAGCUGUAUCUGCACUCCCCUUUUAAAAUCGUUGACAUACAUAAAAAAUACAGGAUUUAAGGUAAAUAUUAUUUACAUAACUUUUGUUGCUGUAAGUAUUGUAUUAACUAACACACUAGUAUAUUGACCUAUAAUUAUUUUUUUUUUUUUUUUUUUACAAUUUCAAUAUCUUAAAAAAAAUUUGUUUUCUUUUAUGGGGGAUGGAAGGAACAUAACCCUGUUUUUCCUAUAUGUUCUUUAAUUCAUUUUACACGAUAUUUUUAUUACACCUUUUUCAGGAAAACUACCAUGUUAACUGAUACUGUAACAUUGUAUUUCAUUUUAUAUUUAAACAAAGUUUUGACAUGCAAAUUGUUAAUAUGUAUAACACUGACUGUUUUUAGUAGGCAUGGUAGUCAUCAGUUUCAUAUAAAAAUAUAUAAAUUCAUUAAGGCGAGGGCUGUUGGCCACUUUGUUUACAAAUUAAUGGCCUAAAAUUUGGUAAAUUAUGCAUCACUUAUUGGAGUAUUAAGAAGUCACAGUAUUUAGUUAAAAGUGCUUUGUUAUAUAAAAAUAUAAACUAUUUUAGCAAUAUAUUCUGAAAUAAGUAAAGACAAACCAAUAGGUGUUGCAUUCCAUUUUCCUACGAGUAUGUAGAUAGUUCUCAUAUUCACCCAUCAUCUGGAAAAACGUUUUUCUUCAUUGAGAAGGAUUAGAGAUAAAAGCUUGAAAGCUUAAUCUUUAAAACUUGUACUGAGACGUUGAACUUGUUUGUUAAAUAUAUAUGUAAUUAAUAAAUUCAUACCACAGGUUAGAUUAACCUGUAAAAAAAAAAAAAGCUAAUAAUUUGUCAAUGUGUAAACCUGUAAUCAGUGGGACAUACAUACUGUACAGUACAUGUU